GCCGCCGGCCCGGGGAGCCUCCGCGCGGAGCCACCGCCCCGCACCGUGGGUCUCCUGGCCCGGCUCGGUUUGGCCCCGUGCGGAUGGAGGCAGCGGCAGGACGCCUGCACUCUCGGACGCCGCCUGCCGCUGACCAGCCCGGGAUUCAUGGCGAGGGCCCCCAGGGGCGGCCCUGAGCCCUGCCACGCCCAGCACCGCCGCGCCGGCUGCUGAGGGCGCCCCCGAGCCUCUGGCCCUCACCAUCGCCCUCACCCGCCCAUGGCCUCCGCCCGGCCCAGGGCCACCUGAGCCGCCCGCGCCCUGCCAGGACUCGCCGUGCCCCGAUGGGGUAACGUGACACAGGCCCCCGCAUCGGAGCCGCCGCCCGUCUGCCCGGCGCUGCCUGUGACCUCCGCCCCAAGGAGGCCCCGUCGGUCCAGCUCCCGUUUGCUUUUCCUUUGGUCCUUGGGGGUUCGGGGCCCGCCUUUGAGGGGAGGGGUGGCCCGCCUGUCGACCGAUGCAGAGAGGACGUCCCCGGCGACGGGCGCAGCGCGGGCACGGCCACGGCGGCCGGACUGACUCGGGGCUCUUACAGGUUUUCUUGGCUGCGUCUUUCGAUUGUUGUUUUUACUUUUGCCCUUUUGUAAUUAUUAGUCUCUAAGAGGCAGGAGCUUGGGCAGGCCCGCCUUACUUCUGGGGGGCUGUAUUUUCUUUUUUAAAGAGUUGGGGUUUCUUUUUUAACUCUCCUGCCCCCUCCCGAGUAUUUGCACAAUAUUUGUGCGGGGUCUGGGGGCGGGUUUUUUAAAAAGCAUUUUUCUCUCGUGGACAAGCACAGGGAUCCCGUUCUUGGGUUUUGGGGGGCUGGGGCCCCUGCCGCCUGUGUCCGCAGCCUGUCUCGGGGAGCGGCCAUGGCACGCAUGAACCGGCCAGCCCCAGUGGAGGUGAGCUACAAGAACAUGCGAUUCCUCAUCACGCACAACCCCACCAACGCCACCCUCAGCGCCUUCGUCGAGGAUCUGAAGAAGUACGGGGCCACCACCGUGGUGCGCGUGUGCGAAGUGACCUACGACAAGGCCCUGCUGGAGAAGGACGGCAUCACCGUCGUGGACUGGCCAUUUGACGAUGGGGCGCCGCCGCCUGGCAAGGUGGUAGAGGACUGGCUGAGCCUGCUGAAGGCCAAGUUUUGUGAUGACCCCGGCAGCUGUGUGGCCGUGCACUGUGUGGCCGGCCUGGGACGGGCCCCGGUCCUCGUGGCGCUGGCCCUCAUCGAGAGCGGGAUGAAGUACGAAGACGCCAUCCAGUUCAUCCGACAGAAGCGGCGCGGAGCCAUCAACAGCAAGCAGCUCACCUACUUGGAAAAAUACCGGCCCAAGCAGAGACUGCGGUUCAAAGACUCACGCACGCACAAGACCAAAUGCUGCAUCAUGUAGCUCAGGACUCAGCCGCUGGGGGCCGCGGGGGGGCCCGCCCGCCCUGCCUCGCCCCGCAGGGCCUCGGUGCCUCUGUCUCACCCUCCCCCAACACCUCAGCACCCCCGCCUGCCCACCCCGCCCCGCCCAGCCCCUUUGCUGUCUCUCUCCGUCUGUCUGUCCCUGCGUCUGUCCGCCUGUCUGCCACUUUCAGCUCCAUCCUGCCCUCUGCCUUCCGUCUCUCUGCGCCCUGGUCUCUCCCUGUCCCCGUGUCCUGUGCGUCUGUCUCUGACGCUGUGUCCGGGGCCCUGCCCCUGGCCUCUCUGCCGCCACCCUCGCCGCCGGCCCCCCCGCCGGACUUUGGCUGGGGGCUGCGUACUGUGUAACCACCGGGCCCGACCCAUCUUCUGCAGCCCCUCGCCCUGACCUGUUCUCAGUCCUUUCAGUGACUGGGUCUGAGGGCAGUCAGCCAUCCCGGACACUCGAAGGCAAUAAAACAGGAC